CGAUCGAAUGAUUGGAUGAUUGGUUCGAUCGAUGCGAAAGUGAAUCCGAAAUCAGAAUUGAUUUUCCACUCAAUGAUAGUGUUUAGAGACAAUCGAUUGGUUGGACCGGAGAUUGAGAGCUGAGACACACAGAGAGACACAAAGACAGAGACAUAGAGAGAGAGAGAGAGAGAGAGAGCAGACACUGACAGAGAGCCUGAGUGUUGCGAACCGAGAGAUAAUUGUUUUGUUUUCUGCCACUAAUUAGUGGUUUCGUUGAAUACAUUAACGACUCGUUUCUCGUCGACAAUGAAAUCGCGUCGCACUUUAGGAUCAGGCGAUGGCGAGCCCUACCGUUCCCGUCGUCAACGACUACCCCGUCUAUCACGACGACUAUCACCGCCGGUAUAACAACAACGCGUUCGGCUUCGAGCCCAAGAAGUCGACGCAAAACUUGAGUCCAAUCAUUGUCUUCAGGAAUGAGUCGAACGCGAAGUUCGCCAAACAGUCCACCCCUUCGUUGCUCUCCUGUUGUAACGCCGACGCGAAGAACCACUUCCUGACGGUCCGCAACCUCCUGAAGGUCGUGUUCAUUAUGUUCUGCGUCGGGAUGUGUUUCUACCAAACGGUCGACAUCUUCAAGAAGUACUCGUCGUUUCCGAUGGACGUGAACGUCGUGGUCGAGGAGAUGAAGCUCUUGCAGCUGCCGGCCAUCACUGUCUGCAACAACAAUAUAGUGAAGAGAGAGCUGUUGUUCGAGAAGUUCCCGAAUCUCCGCAAAGAGACCAAUAAUUCGAUGAAAAAGUUGGAGAAAUUCACUCGAGAGUGGAUCGCGAAGACGCCGUUGAAUGAAGUGCUGGAAUUGGCGCCCACUUUGAGGGACUUCGUGGAUGUGAUGGAGUGCGACACCCAAUACGACCCGGACGGAGACGACCCCGUGGCCAAGAAGUUGAAGUGCGUGGACAUCGAUGUGAUCACUUCGCUGCAGAAGAACGGCAUUUGUUUCACGUAUUUCCACAAAAUGGCAAAACAUGUUCGUCCGAAACCCAAAGCGUGCGUCCAAUGGGGCACUUGUCCCCAAAAAGAGCCGUUUUUCGACACAAACGAAAUAAUUCGCUUCGAACUCGACUUUCAGCCGAAGCAAUACACGAACCAAGAGCUGCCCAUCAGUGGACGCAUUGCCAUCCACGACAACACGGAGAUCGGGAACUCCCUGUCCAACAGCUAUAACCUGCAGCCCGGCUUCUACUACCAGUUCUACAUUAAACGCCAGUCCACACAAAUGCUGAGAAAGCCGUUCGCAACCAAUUGUUUCGAUUACGUGGCAGAAGAAGGACAGCGUCUGAACCGAACGCAGGAUUUCGCGUCUAUUCCUCUGUCGCGAAAGCAAUGCGCGUCCGGCUGUACGUCGCGCUUCGCAAUCAAUCAGUGCUUUUGUUGGCCUCCGGAACUGCCGUACGUUCGCAACAACGGCCUCGACGUCAACCGAUCGCUCACGUGGUGUCAGUGGAGGUUCGUGGAGGCGCAGAACCUGUACGGCAUGUGUUGGGACAAGAAGGCGCGCCUCAAGUGCGCGAUGCAAUGCCAGCCCUCGUGUUGGACCGAUCACUACGAGCUGUCCGUCCAGAAGCUGCAGUUCGAGUACUACGGAAGACCUGACUGGGAUUCGGAGGACGAGAAACUGAUGAACACUUCGGCCGUCGUGUCGAUCCGCUACUGGACUACAGAACACACGAUCCACAAGUACUCGCCGAUGUUCGCCAUCCUAGACAUGGUUUGCUACGUGGGAGGCCUGGUAUCCAUGUAUACCGGCAUCUCUUUGAUCGCGAUCUACGACUUCUUCAUUCUCUCGCUGUUUAUCAUUAAGAAAAAAGGUCUCAAAACCAAAAGCGACGCAAAAGUCGCGCUUUUGGCGGCAAAACGGCGACAAAACCUGACGUUCGCCGAAAUGGCGGACAAAUUGGCCGCAAAUAAGGUAACGAAAGGAAUGAGAGGAACGCCUAAUCAACGCCUUUCAUCUCAGGUUCGACUCUCGGCCGCCAUUUUCGGCGAACAGCCCUUCGAUAAGGACACGGCUGCGCGCGUUCUGCAGUUCCUGGAUCUGUCGGACGACCGCCUGCUUGAGCUCAUGCAAGAGAAGCCCGAAAUCCGCGGACAAAACGAACACUUCUUCAGCGAUCCCUUCAUUGCGCGUCUUCUGGAAGUGAUUCGCGUUUACGGCCCGACUCUGAAGGCCAUCGUCGAGGAGGAGAACGGAAACGGAAUCGUGUCGGCCGUCGACUGUCGUCUCGCGUGCGACAAAUACGACGACGCGGACGGCACUCGACGCGUGCGCAUCACAAUCGACGGCAAGUUCUUGGAAUACAAAUGA